CAGAGAGAGACAGAGAGAGAGCGAGCGAAGACGUUCUUGUUGUUGGCGGCAGUAUCCAGCCACGUGCCCUACCCCUCCGAGCCUCCACCUAGGCGCGCGCUUGGCGAAGGCUGUCUGGACUUGAAAUGUCGGACGUUGGCGGGGCGAGUGGCAAACCCACGGGUACAACUUCGCGAGAAGUGCGGAGAGUGACGAACCCCUACCUAGACAGCAGGAGCAGCAAUGGUUCGUCCUCAACUGCUGGGGGCAUUCGCCAGAUGCACAAUCGCAACCCGUCGGUUCCUUCAGAGUUCGGGAGCAAUGCCGAGGCGGCGGAACGACGACGCGGGCAAGCACCACCACCAGCGCCCGGCCCCUCAAACAAAAUACAGGUCCACAAACGCCAGGAGAAAAAUUCCAUGCUCAGGCACCUGCGGAACGUCGCUUUUGAAAUCACGCCAGGGCUUGUUGCGGACUUCGUACUCGGGCCAAAGACGUGCGCUGUAUUCAUUAGCCUGAGAUACCACCUUCUCUACCCUCACUACCUCAUCCAAAGAAUCAAGGAGCUAUCGGGGCACUUCACCCUUCGUGUCCUGCUUUGCCAUGUCGACGUGGACGACAGCGAGACCCCUUUGCUCGAGAUCAACAAAAUGGCGGUUUUUAACGACUUCACACUCGUCCUGGCGUGGAGCCUCCAGGAAGCAGCCAGAUAUCUGGAGACCUACAAGGCCUACGAGCACAAGUCGGCAGACAGCAUUCAAGAGAAGGUUGACGACGACUUCCUUGGGAAACUGCAGGAUUGCUUUGGAGUGGUCAGGUCCGUCAACAAGUCCGACGUGCUCACUCUUGCAUCCAACUUCGGUUCGCUUAAGGCCGUGUGCGAUGCGACUGCCGGCGAACUGUCCUUGUGCCCAGGCCUCGGGGAGAAGAAAGUUUCUAGAAUACACGAGGCCCUGCACGAGCCAUUGGUGCGAAAGCACAGCAGUUCCAGACUCGAGCGGAAUAGGACAGAGGAUUGAAAGAGACAAAUUCAAACGUAAAUCUUGUGUGCUUGUAGGACAUGUAUUUUUGUCCCGACGCUCGUUCUGAAACGCGAAGGGUAAUUAUCUGUGCUCGAAUCCCGCGAACCGUUGCGGCUGUGAUCGUUGGGGUGUCGUGAGUUGGAGGCUGAUCGCAAUCCGAGGCAGCCACGCUACCGCUGAUGGGGAAGAUGCUGCUCCAGUGGCAGCUACGGUGUUGGUGGAUUCGGCUUCUGCUAGGCAAUUGGCUGCCAUUGUUGUGGGUUUGGGUCUAUUCCCGCACCGAGCGGAUGCUGGUUCCUUGGCUCCCUUUGUCGCGGGGUUGUGAGCGUCCUUGGCGGCGUUGCGAACUGUGCGAUGGCGGUGAUCGGCACCACGUUUCUUCCUGAGGGGGUUAGCACCUGUGAGGCCGUUCAGUCCUUCUCACUGCCCGACAAAGACCAUUGCCAACGUCUGGUUAACCCCACGUGGUUCUCGUGAAGAUUCAUUGGAGAGAUACCCCCCUCCCACGGUCGGAAGCGGAACCGCCUCGUCCCUGGCGAGCAAGGUGAAGCUCUCAGGACUUCUGCGAUGCUUGGGCCUUUGCCGGGACGACCUAGUUGGCGCCUCAGUAGGACGACAUUGGUGUCUUGCCCCGCAUAUAUGUGGAUUUGCUGUUGGACAAGAUGAUACACAUGAAGUGUCGAGAGAUGAAGCCGAUGAGCCCCUUGCUGCCACCCUUCCGGUGCUCAAAUUAGAGCAAGGCCCAACACUAUUCGAGGCAAGUGAGAUCGGCUCCUGUUCCUGUACGAUGGCCGGGUUCGCCCCAUAUCGCAAUCACAUUACACGUCUGUUGAUUAGGUAGGUUGCAGUCCUUCUCCUUCCACGUUCUGAAGAUGGUAUUGUGCGCCGCGCACGUAAUUAUCUAAUCCAUCCAUUCUACAAGCUCGGUUACGAUCGAAGAGGCUGGCACCGUUGAGAUAAUAAUAUGGGUCGGUAUUGGGCAUUGACCCCAAUCGGAAGCUUGAAGGGCAAUUUCCAGCUUGUCGGUGACGUCGCUUAUUUGCAUGGCGGUACAGAGCUUCCACGCAAUGACAUAACCGCUGUCGUUGUAGAGUUCUUGCGCUAAGAUAUAGCAGUAGCACGAGCACAUGUCAAUAAUCUCUACUGUAGGUGUGUGAAGUUUGUCGGCCAAGUCUCGCGUGGGGUUGUUACUUUGUACUUGAACCAAUGGUCAGCCUUGAUAAUGGAGGCAGGGUUGGAUAUCACGUCGUGAGUUUGAGCAGCCUGUAAAGGCUAGGUCGGAUCUGAUACGAAAUGGCCUCGUGCAUCAGGGCACCAAUGUCAGUUCUCGCGGUGAGAGAUCUGGGUGCUCCCGUGCCAGAUCAAGGAUAUGUUCCCUGACGUUACCGGGAAUGCGGCUCCACACCCGCGCAGGCAUUGUUGGCGCUUUAUCUUCUAGCGCUGCCUUGAACGUAUUCGUCACAUCAUCGACGAUAUGCGUAGAAGGCCCGAUCGAUGCAGCACUUGUUUGGCUUAACGGGCAACAGAAAGGCGCCAAGUGCAAGCACAGCGUUUGUAUAAACUCGGUGGAGAAAGGUGUUUCUCGUCCCUCCGGAGUUGCCCGAAGGUACGUGUUUCGUGGAAUAGCGUUGUUAACGUCCCAACAGAGUUCUUGUACAGACCAAAAGAAAAACAGAACAAACACUGCCCACGUCUCAUCUCCACCAAACAAAGCAAUGCCGCAAAAGCACACCGCAAGUCUUCAAGCCUCACACACUAUCAGGCCGACCGCUGCUUUCACCGUUUAUUGCCUCCAGCACCCCAAGGUCUUUCUAACUUGUCACAUCAAUGUACAUGCCCGACCUCCUAUGCAAAGGAACGAAACGACAGACGGACAGACAUGCAAAUACAAGACUUGCAUAUUAAAGCAACCGUUCUUUGAAAACAAGUAAAGCAAGAAAACUUAAGGACAAUCCAUAGGCCAUAUUCAUACAGAGCUCCUCAGCCGCCUCUAAACUGCAACGUCUUGUAAAAACUCAGCAAGUUGCAGGGCGCAUUUUGCUCACAAAAGAGACGUCCAUGCUUUUUAAGAAUAGCGGAGUAAACAACGGCCAAAAGUUCGUAGCCUUGUUUAAAGGAAUGCCCGC